CUGGGAGGCGGCUGCGGGGACAGAGGCGGAGCGGGGGGGCCGGCGGGCCGGGGCGGCUGGCCGCGCCCGCCGCGAGGACCCCCGGAGCCGGUCGCCUCGCGCUGGGGCCCCUUCUCCUUCCCGCGAGGGGUCUGGGGCCUCGGGGCGGGCCUCAUGGAGGCCGUUGGCCCGGACAGUUGCGGAGGAGGGGACACGGCGCGGGGUGCCGAGGGGAGGCCAGCACCCGAGGCCAGGGUUCACUUCCGAGUGACGAGGUUCAUCAUGGAGGCAGGUGUCAAGCUAGGGAUGCAGUCCAUUCCUAUUGCCACUGCUUGUACCAUUUACCAUAAGUUCUUCUGCGAGAUCAACCUGGAUGCCUACGACCCUUACUUGGUCGCCAUGUCUUCCCUUUAUUUGGCCGGCAAAGUGGAGGAACAGCACCUGCGCACUCGUGACAUCAUCAACGUGUCCAACAGGUACUUUCACCCAGGCAGUGAACCCUUGGAGCUGGACUCCCGCUUCUGGGCGCUCCGGGACAGUAUAGUGCAGUGCGAACUCCUCAUGCUGAGAGUCCUGCGUUUCCAAGUCUCCUUCCAGCACCCACACAAGUACCUGCUCCACUACCUGAUUUCCCUCAAGAACUGGCUGAACCGUUACAGCUGGCAGCGGACCCCCAUUUCCGUCACUGCCUGGGCCCUGCUGCGGGACAGCUACCAUGGGGGGCUGUGCCUCCGGUUCCGGGCUCAGCACAUAGCCGUGGCAGUGCUCCACCUGGCUCUGCAGGCCUAUGGGGUUGAGGUGCCCGCCGAGGCAGAGGCCGAGAAGCCGUGGUGGCAGGUGUUUAGUGACGACCUUACCAAGCCAAUCAUUGAUAACAUUGUGUCUGAUCUCAUUCAGAUUUAUACCAUGGACACAGAGAUCCCCUAAGGCCCUGGUCCAGGCCUGCCCAAAGAGAAGCCCGGGAUGCUCGGCUGCCUGGGGACGGCAUCACCACAUCGCUGUGACGGCUGGUCCCCAGAAGACCAGCUGGGAGGACUGGUUUUAUGCUGCUGGAGAUGGGCUGGUGAAGGCGAUGACCUGCUGCCACUUUGAUUCUCAUGCUUUGACUGUCCCUGGCAGCUGUGGUCCAGACGGUGAUGGGAGCUGUGCCUCCUGCGGGCAGGCCGGGGUGCACCAGGGGAAGGGCCCCCAAGGCAUCCGUGUCUGCUUUUGUCCUUUGAGAGGACACCGAUGGCAGUUGUGGUGUGACAUCAUUGGAAGCAAAAAUCAAAGAACAGAUGAGACUGCACCCUUGGGGAUUUUUUUAAAGCCAGAUUUAUAGAAAGUAUGAAUGUGCAACAUAGAUGGAAUUUUAUUUUGUAUAAUAAAAGAUGAUACAAAGCAA